CUUGCUCAGGCGUUUCGAUCGUGAAUGGUUGAGGUUGAAGAGGUCCUUUGAAAGCCAUUUCGUUGGAUAAUUUCCGGCGUUCCAAGAUGGCUAUCAGCUAUGGGGAUCAGUUGGGGUUAUAUAGCUUCGAUAGCACUGCUUGGGGUGUCCUGGGUAGUGCGUUCUGCUGUUUUCACGGACCAGCCUUACAUUUGGUAUUUCAACCGACUGCCAUGGAACCCGAACCCCGACUUCGAUUUCACAAGCUGUCGUCAGCGAUGCGGAGUUGGCCUUCACUUUUACGAUAAUUCGAAUAGUACUUUACCAUUCAGACUAUUUCCCAUUACCAUACUAACGAGGGUAAAAGACCUAUUUUUUCGCAGUUUUCUACCAUCUCAAUGAUGGUAAACGGUACCUCUCGUCAGCAUUGUUCAUGUAAGCUCAAGGGGCAACUGCAGGGACUUGCCCGACAUUUGAUCGUUUAGGCGGUGUCGAUCGAGAUGACCGCUUUGGAUGAAUUGACCAAGAUGAUUGUGUGGUUAUCCAAAUAUGGCGAUAAAUGAAUCGUGAGCGUCCGUUCCUGAAUAGUCA